AUGGUCGAAAGAUGCCCGGAUGAAGAGACACCAACGGUCGAACAACGAACCAACAUUGUGGAGAGGGGAGGGGCACGUGGUGGCGGUGGCGGUGGCGGUGGCGGUGGUGAUGGUGCUCAUCGAUUUGUUAGCCGUCGUUUCACAGCUGCUACGGAACGCCACCGCCUCUAUAGCACGGUUUUACGCGACAAGAAGAGCAGCGCACGUCGCUGUGACUCGCUCGGACUACUAGAGUCAACUCGACUACUCGAAGUAGCGCAGUCCGUCCGUCCGUCCGUCACCGCCUCCGUCGCUGAGGUUGUCACAGCGUGCGGUGCCAUUGAUCGCUCAACGGGGGACAGGUUACACCGGUUGCGACGGCGGCGGCAACUGUUUAAGGUUUGCGAACCGCGAUCGUCAUCGUCAGCUGGCUUGGCCAUCACACCGAGUCCAUUCACUGCUGCUGGCUGA